UCUCUCUCAUAUUUUGCUAAAGUACUAGAAAAAAAAUAAAAUUUUCGACGGCAGUAACAAUAAACCGCAGAAACACUCAUACUCCAACUCGCGAAAUAAAUGCGCUAUUAAAUUUUCGCCAAUCACUGACUAGUUUGAUAAUCGGUUAACUCGCCGAGAGUUAGGAUUGGUCCAAGGCUCCGCCCAGGGGUUGAUAUUGAUCACCCCUCGGUAAUGCAGCAUCCCCUAUAUAAACCGAAUACCCUGGGAUUUAUCAGAUAGUUAGCUACCAGUUCAAAAACAGUGAAUGACAGUUCUGAAACAAUUUUUAUACGUCAAAAAUGAUCUAUUUUACUCGCUUAGAUUGAAAAAAAAUUUUUUUUGUCCAUUUUCAAAUUUGAAAAAAGAAACAACCAGUGAAAUUUUAAAUUGUUCCUGUCGAUAGAAAAUGUAUUCGAAAAAAUUGUCUUCCGCAACGAAAAACAAAAAUAAAAGUGUGAUUUUGUGAGAGAUUUUGUUAUUUUUGAUCUGUUGGAAAAUUUGAUUGGAAAACAAGAGACCAAAAUGGCAACUCAUUUCGAGUAUGAAGAUAGAGGACAGAGGAUUCGUCAUCGAAUUGGGACCACUUCUAGACCUGCUGAUUCUACUGUCGCGUGUUCAAGUUCGCAAUAUUACGUGGGCCCAACCAAUGACAUUAGCGAAGAGGAUUUAGUGGAUUUACCCUCAUGUGUCUAUGCGGGAAGAAAUCCGCAUCACGUGACGCAUACAACGUCACAUUCACAUUCACCUUUACAUUACCACAUACCAAACACAACACCAGAUCACAAUGACAUUGAUAUGAAUGGAGUUGAGGAAAGUUACUAUCCAAACGGAAGUCCCUAUAGAAUUCAAAGACACGCCGCCAACAUUAGGGAGAGAAAACGAAUGCUAAGCAUCAACUCGGCUUUCGACGAACUUAGGGUUCAUGUACCCACCUUCCCUUACGAGAAGAGACUCUCAAAAAUUGACACCCUUCGAUUAGCGAUAGCGUACAUAGCACUACUUAGGGACGUUCUGGACGCGAGAUUAGAUCCUUUGACUUACGUCGAAAGGUGCCUUCGAGGGGAAAUUAGUGGUGUACGAGCCGAAUGGAACACUAGUGAUUUGACGGCCCGAUUAUCCUGGAUAAAUUGGGAGAACCUUGGAGUCAAUCCAAAUAGGCGAUCAGUGUUAACUAAUUUAGCACUAACAACUGACAAUAUGACCUAAAAAUAAGGAAAUUAAUUAGUUUUCAAAACAAACAAAAAAAAAAACACUGUAAAAAAACAAAAAGAAAUUAUAGUGCCAAACAAUUAGCAUAAAAUUUCUAGUCUUUGUGCAAUAAGAAAUUACGUUGUAUACUUUACAUCAAUGUAUUAUGUAUAUAUAAAUAUUUAAUCCAAAGACCUAAUUAUGUAUUUAGAUACUA